CGGUACAAAAUGUAAUGCUGUGGCGAGCGCGAGAUCGACACGCUGAUCGGGUCCGACGACUACGCGGCCGCAGCAGUAUUGGACCAACGUCCACCGCGCACAUACCAUCGCCGUCCACGGAAAACAUACAACGAUAAUAAAAUCACAUACACCUCGUAGCCACGAACAUUUUAUCGCGGUUUUUAUUACCUAAUUUUUUUUUUUUUUGAAAUAAUAUCACCUAUUAUUUAUCCCGCGAGAAAUGGCUCAAUUCACCGCCGUUUGUGCGCUGGCCGUGUUCCUGUUAUUGGCGACCGGAUGUCUCUGCAGACCGCAGUCGCAGCAGGACUUCAAGCAGCCGGAAAACUCGGCGCCGACUUCGCCUACCAACCGGGCGAGUAGACUGCAAAAACCCACGCAAGGUAAACCGGACGACAUGAUAAUAUUUUUGAUAUUUUAUUGAAACCGUCGUCAAAAUAUAACACCCGACCUCAAACAUGCAUCAUAUGACUUUUAUUUGUUUUUUUUAAUAAAUCCAAAAAUAAUAUUUUGUGUUUUCCUCCCCGACAGUGCUGAACACGGGCUUCGACGAGAUCGUCGUCGAGUCCAAUCUGCAAGUACACAACCGCGUGGGCUCUAAAACCAAGUCCAAAAUCAUGCUACAGCCUUCCAAUAGCAAUUCGUCGACCACCAACCCGCAAAACAACAAAUCGGCCAAAUCGCUGCAGGUGGCCUAAAACUGUCGUAAAACAACAUUUGUUUUUUCAUCUAUACUUUUGAUAAGAUUUUUAAGUCAGACGCUUCGUACAAAAAUCAAUACGAUUUACAUAUUUCGUUCACGUUAAAACCGUUUUUAAUAAAAAAAAAUGUAAGUAUUUAUUUUUACCAGAAUUUCGGGUACGUGUGCGUUUUUCAAUUUAUCUAUUGGCAAUAUUGUAAUAUUAAACUGUAUACUUAUCUGUAACUUAGUAAAUUUAUUUUUAGUUUUUAGAUUAUUUUAUAACGAGUCAUAUUACUAUGAAACAUUUUUUUGAUAAUAUAAUCUCAGUAAUAAUUACUGCAAUAAGGCAGAAUAACGUUUUUUAAUAAUAUUAAUGAUAUAAUAUAGGUACCUAUUCAGAUAAUAUGCACUUAUAAAAUAUAAUAUUUUUAAAUUAUUGUAUAAGAUUGUUUUGUAUUGUAUUAGAUAUAAAAUAAAAACUGUACCUUUAUAAUCAUCAAUAAACCGAGUAUUCUGUAAGAUAAAGAAGUAUCAGUACCUACCUGUACAUAAUUAUAUAAUUGGUAAGGUAAUACA